CGACUAAACAAUGCGGGAGAAGAGCCUAGUGGUGGUGGCUUCCGUCGGUGCCGUUCUAGCUAUGAUAACUUGCACAAUCGUGAUUCCAGCUCUGUGCAAGGAGAUCAAUGAAAUCCACGAAAUGGUUCUCGCUGGUGUAGCUGCCUUUCGCACGGAAACCGACUCAGCAUGGAUAGAGAUUAUGGAUGUGCAGCUGAUGAUCUCUCCAGAAAUGAAGCGCCCUGAGAAUCCCUUUGAUUCAAUAUUCCGACGUAAAAGGCAACAGCUUCCUCCAUGGUGCGUCUGCGAGAUUACGCCCGUCAUGUGCCCACCUGGGCCACCCGGACCACCUGGGCCUCCAGGAGCGCCAGGAAUGCCUGGAAUGCCAGGACCCCCGGGUAACGAUGACAUGACAGUUUAUCAACCAAUUCAGUGUCCACCUCCAGAUCCUUCUUGCAUCAAAUGUCCGCCGGGGCCAAUGGGAGAACCCGGGCCACCCGGUCCGCCAGGUCCACCUGGACAGAUGGGCCGACCUGGUGAACCAGGACGAAAAGGCAACAAUGGUAUACCUGGUCCUUUAGGCCCACCUGGCGACAUUGGUCCUCCUGGUCCACGUGGACCUCCAGGAAUGCCAGGUGUGAAGGGCCAAGACGGAAGACGAGGAAAAGGAAUGCCUGGACCAGCCGGACCGCCAGGUCCACCCGGAUCACAAGGAAAACCUGGUCCUGUUGGUGCAGCCGGUAUGCCUGGAGCCCCGGGUCGUCAGGGUCCUCCUGGGCAAGAUGGUCCACCAGGAAUGCGAGGAAAUGACGGCCAACCAGGUAAACCUGGAUCGCGCGGGCUUCCAGGUAAAGAUGCUCACUACUGUCCAUGUCCUGCUCGCGGUCCCGUGGGAGCUGUUGCCUCCCCGCCAGCUCCGUAUGCGGCACCACCAGAACCUAUUGUUACGGAAGCUCCUGAGUAUGGGAAAAAAGCUGCAAAAAGAAAAAGCAAGAAGAAG